AUGACCCAGCCUCGGCCCAACGAGUUUAUUGCUCCACCAGAGUGUCCUGUUUUUGAGCCCAGUUGGGAGGAAUUUGCCGAUCCAUUUGCGUAUAUCAACAAAAUACGGCCUAUUGCAGAGAAAACGGGCAUCUGCAAGGUCCGACCGCCGAAGGUGAGUGUCUUUAAUCAGGGUAAUAUUUCAAACUCCUGCUAAAAUAUUUUCUAUAGGUUGUUGGUGACAUUUUGUCGUUUACUUAUCUUUUUAGACAGAUUUUCAACAUGGCGGCUUGAGUUGAAUUACCAGCUUCGUCUGUGUAUAUUAUGUGUGCAUGUACACGCACGCGCCCAGUGAUCUAUGUGCAGACAGACGCCCGACAAAGUUCCAAUAAAGUAUCGCCUAUGUUCCAGAGAGUACGUUACAUUGUAUUUGGAUGGGUCUUUAGAGGCUAUUGGUCAAAUGAAUGGGUGAAAAGGUUGGUUAACUUUUCUCUUCCUGGGAGUUGUUCAUUGUAAAAUGACACAGAAAUAAUACAUUUGACCAAGUCACUUAAAUGCCCUCCAGUUUAUCAAUGUUGUAAUGUGAAAUUGGAAGAUAUUUAUAAAAUAGCCUUCCAUAUUGGUGGUUAUAUCGACAUCACAAUGUUUUGAUGCUGGAUUGCCGUGUGACGGCUACGUGCAUCAUGACAACCUAGAUUAUUUGAUAACUGGGAGUGGGGUUGAUUUUAGAGGCCUGUAUAUGUUGAUGUUGUAGGCGUGUCUCCUACCUUGGUAAAUGUCCUCCAUGUUGUCUUUGUGGUAGUGGGUGUGUUUUAAAAACUGGAUUGUGUGUACAAAUCAAGUAACUUUUCCUUUUGGAGUUUUAACAAUGUAACACUAUAUUAAAUAAUAAUCGGUGGCAGGUAGCCUAGCGGAUAACGCGUUGGGCCGGUAACAUAAAGGUUGCCAGUUCGAAUCCCCGAGCUGACGAGGUGAAAAGUCUGUGGAUGUGUCCUUGAGCAAGGCAUGGUCUUCUUUGAUCAUGUCUGACCCCGGCCGUGACCCCACUCUUCGAGGGUGUCUCGGGGUUGUGAUAUGCAAAAACACAUUUCUAUUUCAUACUUGUAUAAUUAAGCAAUGAGGCCUGAGUGGGUGUGGUAAAAGGUCAAUAUACCACAGCAAAGGUCUGUUCUUAGGCACGAUGCAAGGCAGCCCUUAGCCGUGGUAUAUUGGCCAUAUAUCACAAACCCCCCCAGGUGCCUUAUUGCUAUUAUUAGCUGGUUACCAACGUAAUUAGCAGUAAAAAUAAACGUUUUGUCAUACCUGUGGUAUAUGGUCUGAUAUACCACAACUGUCAGCCAAUCAGCAUUCAGGGCUCGAACCACCCAGUUUAUAAUACACAUUUGUACAUGUGUGAAACAGGACAAAUAUAAGCACCCACCUUUAUUAUUAUUAUUAUUAUUAAUCAGAUUUUGCUAGGGAUAUUUGUUAAUUCAUCUGUGUGAAUAAUUUGACCCCUUUUCUAAUGGUAACUCAAUGGUUUUUGAAGGGCUGGCCCCUGAACAUUGAUUAUCAAAACAAUUUCCUCAAAGUAGCCUAUGGUAAUAACUUUUUUUUACUGCGGUAUGCAUGCAUUAUUGCUGUCGUUUGCAAUAAAAAGUAUUACUACAAGGUUUGAUAGUAGUUCAUUAAACAUAGUAAUUUGGGUAACACUUUACAUUAGUAGUUAUACCUUUUUAGUAAUACUGUAAUUGCACUUUGUAGGCUGUUGUUGCAUACCAUAGUAAAUGCAUUCUAGCCUAAUUGAGUUGAGAAUUGUUUUAUUAGACAACAGGAAUAGGGACUGUCCCGCAUACCACAACAAAAUAUGGUCAUUUACAAUCAAUUACUAAAAUACUAUGCAAUAACAAUGUUGUACACCUAAAAUAACCUACAUUUAAAAUAUUUGAGAAACAACCUAGGCAACCUGUUUUUAUGUAUUAACAUUGUUUACCAGCACAUUGUUUAGUCCCCACCAUUUGUUUUGUAUUAUUUAAACAGUUUUGUUCCCCUCUUUACAGUCAAUAAUGCGGUUUUCACUUUGCUUCUUAAUAUAAUUCCACUAGCGUUCUAUUACUACACUAUUAGUCUGUGUUUCUUACAUCAGCAAACAACUAGUUUGUCUUUUCUUAGCAAGUUAGGCUUAAAUCUUGUUAAUCGCUAAUGCUAACUAGCUAAUAAAUGUACUGAGAGCAAAUGUAAUUAGCUAUACAGCCUGAUAAUACCAGUGAUGGUGUAGAUCUAAAUCAGCAUGUUAUUUGUGUGACAGUAUCUUCUAAAUCAAAGAGGAAUACGCAAAGCAAGAAUUUGUUAGCUACAUGAAGUAGCUAAAAUAAAACAUUAAAUGUAGCUAAAGUUUAUAGGGUCCCCUAGGAAACAUUUAUCAACACUUUAGUUCCUAUUCUGUCACAGUAAUGCCUCUCUGGCAUUUAUGUCAAACAACACUGUAUUCAAAGUGGCCAAUAUUAUAUUCUAACUAUAGCAUUAGAACAAUCUUUAUAUUUCCAUGAUUCCAACAGUUCACCCAAGUGUUUUGCUCUAAAUCGCAAGUCAAAUCACAAUUGCGACAUUUUAUAAAAGAUAAGGCCUAGAUUGUUUGCCCAUAUCAUGCAUCCCUACGUGGCAGUGUGGAAAGGAUCUCCAAGAAUGCAGAAAUUGAUGAAAAUGCUGAAAAUAAUUUUUUGUUGAAUUUAAUAAUCAGAGGGGGGGGGGGGGGGGGGUUGGGGUAGAAGGAUUACUUUAUCCUAUCCCAGGUAUUCCUUAAAGAGGUGGGGUUUCAAAUGUCUCCGGAAGGUGGUGAGUGACUCCGCUGUCCUGACGUUGUGAGGGAGCUUGUUCCACCAUUGGGGUGCCAGAGCAGCGAACAGUUUUGACUGGGCUGAGCGGGAACUAUGCUUCCGCAGAGGAAGGGGAGCCAGCAGGCCAGAGGUGGAUGAACGCAAUGCCCUCAUUUGGGUGUAGGGACUGAUCAGAGCCUGAAGGUACGGAGGUGCCGUUCCCCUCACAGCUCCAUAGGCAAGCACUAAUGAUGGCUGAAUUUGGCUAGCUGUUCAGAGGAUGGAAGGUGUUUUGCGGAAUGGGAGUGCUUAUGCAAUGUGCAGAAUGGGAGUGCUUAUGCAAUGGGCCUGCCUGUUGUCAUAGCUCCACUACUCCACAAAGGGGCUGAUGGAAAUGCAACCAGAGCUGUUUUCAUAAACCAUGUCCCCAUCUGGGCCAUGCACUGCAGACAGAGCGUGCAGGGUCAAAGUGUCAUCUAUGGAGGCUACAUUUAUGGCAGUCUCAUCAACACCCCUCCCCGGCCCCAGGGGAUACAUAUUUUUUUCCAGUAAUUUUUGAUGACUCGAGGGCAGUUAGAUUCGUCCACAUCCCCAGCUGGUUCACUUCUCAGUCUGAGGUGACAGUUGGGUUUUCUUGUUUAGGGAGUUGGGUUUUAGGAUGGAUUCUUCCACAUUUGAUCAAAAAGGGUUGUCCUAUGUGUUGCUUGGUCUGAAUUUACAGAAUUGCAGUGAAAUAGUCUGAGAGCCUCUCACUUGUGUAGCCUAUUUUAAAAUGAUACUGUUCUGUAUUCCUGAGUUAUCAUGCACAUUCAAACAGGCAUGCUGGCACUCUGAGAUGCCAUGCAAGGUCACAGUGUAGUCUCCAAAGGUAAGGAUGCUGUACUAGUGCACACUGAGUUUCCUGUUGAUUCUUGUCAAACAGUCUCUCUCUCUCUGAACCCAAUGUUAAAUAGAAAAUGAGAGGACUGGAAAUACCAACUUUACUCAGAGGGCCCAUAUCAAAGAAAAUACGUUAAAGAAAGGCCUUAUGUGCAUCAAAUACUGUAUUGCAGCUGCUGGUCCAGUGCCAAAAUAAGACUUGGUGAUAUGCACCAUGAAAGUCUAUGGUUACUCAAAUGUGUAGGUCUAUUUGUAAAUAUUAACAUUGUUAAUCAGCAUCACCUGAGUAGAGUUGGUAACUAUUAACCGGGUGCCUGUGUCUAUUGACAUUGUACAGUUACAGUGAGGGAAAAAAACAUUUGAUCCCCUGCUGAUUUUUGUACGUUUGCCCACUGACAAAGACAUGAUCAGUCUAUAAUUUUAAUGGUAGGUUUAUUUGAACAGUGAGAGACAGAAUAACAACAAAAAAAUCCAGAAAAACGCAUGUCAAAAAUGUUAUAAAUUGAUUUGCAUUUUAAUGAGGGAAAUAAUUAUUUGACCCCUCUGCAAAACAUGACUUAGUAGUUGGUGGCAAAACCCUUGUUGGCAAUCACAGAGGUCAGACGUUUCUUGUAGUUGGCCACCAGGUUUGCACACAUCUCAGGAGGGAUUUUGUCCCACUCCUCUUUGCAGAUCUUCUCCAAGUCAUUAAGGUUUCGAGCCUGAUGUUUGGCAACUCAAACCUUCAGCUCCCUCCACAGAUUUUCCAUGGGAUUAAGGUCUGGAGACUGGCUAGGCCACUCCAGGACCUUAAUGUGCUUCUUCUUGAGCCAGUCCUUUGUUGCCUUGGCCGUGUGUUUUGGGUCAUUGUCAUGCUGGAAUACCCAUCCACGACCCAUUUUCAAUGCCCUGGCUGAGGGAAGGAGGUUCUCACCCAAGAUUUGACGGUACAUGGCCCCGUCCAUCGUCCCUUUGAUGUGGUGAAGUUGUCCUGUCCCCUUAGCAGAAAAACACCCCCAAAGCAUAAUGUUUCCACCUCCAUGUUUGACGGUGGGGAUGGUGUUCUUGGGGUCAUAGGCAGCAUUCCUCCUCCUCCAAACACGGCGAGUUGAGUUGAUGGCAAAGUGCUCGAUUUUGGUCUCAUCUGACCACAACACUUUCACCCAGUUCUCCUCUGAAUCAUUCAGAUGUCCAUUGGCAAACUUCAGACGGGCCUGUAUAUGUGCUUUCUUGAGCAGGGGGACCUUGCGGGCGCUGCAGGAUUUCAGUCCUUCACGGUGUAGUGUGUUACCAAUUGUUUUCUUGGUGACUGGUCCCAGCUGCCUUGAGAUCAUUGACAAGAUCCUCCCGUGUAGUUCUGUGCUGAUUCCUCACCGUUCUCAUGAUCAUUGCAACUCCACGAGGUGAGAUCUUGCUUGCAUGGAGCCCUAGGCCGAGGGAGAUUGACAGUUAUUUUGUGUUUCUUCCAUUUGUGAAUAAUCGCACCAACUGUUGUCACCUUUUCACCAAGCUGCUUGGCGAUGGUCUUGUAGCCCAUUCCAGCCUUGUGUAGGUCUACAAUCUUGUCCCUGACAUCCAAAGAGAGCUCUUUGGUCUUGGCCAUGGUGGAGAGUUUGGAAUCUGAUUGAUUGAUUGCUUCUGUGGACAGGUGUCUUUUAUACAGGUAACGAGCUGAGAUUAGGAGCACUCCCUUUAAGAGUGUGCUCCUAAUCUCAGCUCGUUACCUGUAUAAAAGACACCUGGGAGCCAGAAAUCUUUCUGAUUGAGAGGGUUCAAAUACUUAUUUCCCUCAUUAAAAUGCAAAUCAAUUUAUAACAUUUUUGACAUGCGUUUUUCUGUAUUUUUUUGUUGUUAUUCUGUCCCUCACUGUUCAAAUAAACCUACCAUUAAAAUUAUAGACUGAUCAUUUCUUUGUCAGUGGGCAAACGUACAAAAUCAGCAGGGGAUCAAAUACUUUUUUCCCUCACUGUACAUGCACACAAUAAUGCGAUUAUUGUGGAUAAUCAGAUUAAUGUAAUAGUUUGAUUAAAACGUUUACAUGCUUUGCAAAACGAUUUCCGUAAUAAUCCUGUUUACAUGGACACAUCUGAAAUCAGGCUACCUGAUGGCACUCUGAUAAAUGCAGAAAAUCGCCAAUCAAAAUAAACAUUCUACCACAGCGACCAUGUUAUUUUUGCGAAGCAUCUUUUAUUCUGAGUUACGACAUAGGAAGUUUGUAUGUGAAAACUACUUCUAAGACGCAUGCAUUGUUGUUCCAUUAACACUACAUGUUAAUGUUUUUAAAUGUAUGUAAAUUGUAAAGUAUGUUGUCUGUAAUGUCUUUUUCGUUAUGUCCGAUCCCAGUAAGACUAGCUGUCGCCUUUGGCGUCGGCUAAUGGGGUAUCCUAAUAAAUCAAACUGACUUCACUCGCGCUAAAGAGGGAGGCUCGCUCAGCUGGUGCUAGCACAUGAACAGAUCAAAUACACAGCUGGAAUGUUGAUUUAAGGUGUGUCGUGACGUGCCUUUCAUUAUUGUGAUGACUAUUAUUUAUCGAAUAAUUACCUAAUGUUUAAUUGUUACUAGAUUAAAUUAAUCAUGUAACAAUUAACUCAUUAUGAAUUUGGGGCACCAUGGGAAAAGUUGUUUAACGAGUUACCGUUUCCAGAAUUAACACUAAAGAUAUCUCUUAUCAUUUAACAGUCAUUAAUUAAUCGUUUACCUCAUAUCAGUCUCAUUCUGAAAGUCGUAGGCUCUUAAGUCUGCGCGAACCCGGGUCUUACUGAUCAUUCCGUACCACACAAAUUGAUUUAAUUAUUUACUAACUAAUUAAAAAUGAUAACACGAUACAAACACAUACACAGUAUAGGUAGGGAUUAGAAACUUAAUACAAUGAAAACGGGUCCCUCGCGGACUAACACAAUAUGACACUUGUUACAAAAGAUAGUGAGAGAGAAACACAUGGACCUAAGCUCAUAGUAAUCCUAAUACUUUGCCAGAACUGCCGCCCAUUUGGUAAGAAGUAAUGCAUGUAUUUACGUGUUUGUCUUCGUCUCUGUUGGACCCAAGCCUUCGUGGGAAGGGUCGAUUGGGCCUUCUCUUUUCGGAUGGCCUUUUACAUGUAAGGCUCAGAUGUAAGGCUCAGAUUGUCCAUGAGGUUUGUCGUCUGUUUACUUUCACUCGUUCUGGAAGUGGUCUUCUGAGGACGGCUAAGCAGCCGUGUUGAUGAUCCCCUGUGGGGUGAUGAGAGCAGUGUAGUAGACGAUGGUUUGAAGAGAGUGACAGGAUGGUCCCACUUAAAUUCACCUUCUUAGAUACAGUACAUAGAACAGCUACUCAGCCGUAACAUUGAUUGUUAGUGGAGGCAAUUUUGUCGUCUUCACCUCGUUGAUUUUCAGGGUCAGGACCAAUAUGGACAACAGCUGCAGCUUGAGGUCCGUCUAGUCUGAUCUGAUAAUUCUUAUCUCAGUCUUUUAUGCACUCUGGUAAAGAGGGGCGUUUCCAUCAUACUGACAUGCUCUCUGAGCUCCCUCUGGCGUGGCUAGUUACGAGGCAAAAGUAUUAUUAUCACUAUGAUUUUGUUAGAAAGCUAAAAUCACAUUCCUAUCUUCACGGAAACAUUGUCUUCCUCCUUGAUAUUUUCUACCCAACAUAAAGGAUGCAAGCCUGAUAUCCACAGUGUAAAAGCUCUUCAAGUCACAAUGUUUUCGUUAUAACACCUUUUAUACCAUUUUUUAUGAUGUCACAAAAGAGACAUUAAUUUUCCAUAUUCCAUUUCUCAUCAUUCCCAACAUUUUAGAUGUUGAAAUAUAUUGUCCCAAUGUUCAUUGUUGGAUGUUGAAGUUUUGGGUGGCAAAAGUCUCUGAAACAAAGGACAUUCCUUUCACCAUACUAGAGGCCAGAGAUAGAUUCCCCUAUCUCUAAUCUAUGGCAGUAUUAAGGUGUCAAGACUGGCACAGCCCCCCCCCCGUGAUUAAGAGGGUCUGGUUGUUGUCGGCGAUUUGCCAAGCUGAUAUGAGGCCUUUGAUCCUCACCCAGGGAGAGUCAUGACAGGUGUUUACAUGUCCUAAUAAUUCGAAAGAUUUCUCAGAAGUCCAGGUGUUUUAAUUGGCGUAUGCUUACUUUGAUUUUGACCUUACGCUGAUUAAGGUAAACGGAGUAAGGUGUUUACAUGACUAUUGCAUAAUCUGCCUACUGCCAUAAUCAGUUUAUAUUAGAAUUAUUACUUUGCAUGUAUAUGUACUCAAGUGUGUCUGUCAUGCGCCCGUUUGUAAGAUAUGUUUCAUAUCCACUCCAGGUUUUUAUUCAAAGCCAUCAGGAUCAAAUUGUUUUAAUGUGAUAUUGAAAUCAUUUUCAUAUAUUUUACUCAGGUUUGAUUGGCAUUUAGGGUAGUGUUAAUUAGGAAUAAUGUAACCAGAGGAGAUAUCAAAUAUGGAUUUAGUUUGAGGAUGAACAGCCUAUGUGACUUUCUGUAUGGAACAUAACCGGUCAUGUCACAAUGUUCCUAAACACUGCAGUAUAAAUAACAUAUUUAAACAUGUAUUCAAAUACAGCAUAGACUGUUGCUCAAUUGAUCAUGAUUUUCCUAAAUGGAAGCUAGGAAAAAGGUUAGUGACUCCUCAGUCAGUUUGACAAGCUGGUGUUGUUUACUCCUGCAGGGAUGGCAGCCACCGUUUGCAUGUGACGUGGAUAGUCUGCACUUCACUCCCCGUAUCCAGAGACUUAAUGAAUUGGAGGUACGUUAAUUUCCCUGCUUAACUGGUUUAUCCAUUACAAUACUGAGUGAAAAUAGCAUCUACUUACCUUAUUAUGAACAACUGGAUAUGUACGUAACCAAGUUUUUAUUACUUUUACAAUGAGGUUCCACAGAUAUUUUGGGAUUUGGCCUCUUCUACAUUUUCUAAUUAUCCCACUCUUUUAUAAGUGCUAAAUAAAUCAAAUAAAAUUGACAAAUACAUUAGUAGGCAAAUGCUUUAGGCCUAAUCUAAGGUGACUCGGAAGGCUACUUUGGUGCAUCGAGUGACAUUGUCAGUAGAACAGUGGCUUCAGCAGGCUUACAACCCACAGCAGCAGGGUGUUUAUUGAAGCCAGAGUGCUGAUGACAUCAGGUCAAAGGUCCCUUGUGACCCCCUCCGAUGAGCUAGUUAAAAUGUAAAUGUCCUGUCAUUUGCAAUUAAAAGUAGCACAGCAGGGGAUGUAUUAUUAUAAACAAUGUUGAUAAGGGCAUAUAAAACACCAUAAAAAAACAUCUUAUCCAAGUGUGAUCAAUGUUAUUUGUUUUAUGUUGGCAAUGUGUAAAAUGUACCAUAUCUUAUUAUGUUUAUCUUCAUGUUGAGUAGGCUCAAACCAGAGUCAAGCUCAACUUCCUGGAUCAAAUCGCAAAGUUCUGGGAGCUACAAGGGUGCACCCUGAAAAUCCCUCAUGUGGAAAGAAAGAUUCUGGACCUAUACCAACUCAACAAGGUAUGUAGCUACAACUUCUGGCACUCCCUGGAUGCAGGAAACUGGCCAGCUAUUCUUGGAUAGGAUCCAGUGUGCAUUUGUGUUAUACAGUCAUAUAAGCAUGGUGCGUUCUAUAUGCUUCUUAUGUUGACAAAUUUGAACACCCACACAGUAAAAACAUAAUUAAUUGGAGUGCUCCUUUCCCAGUUGGUGAACGAUGAGGGGGGUUUUGACGCGGUUUGCAGAGAGAGACGCUGGUCUAAGAUAGCCCUCAAGAUGGGCUUUGCUCCAGGCAAGGCCAUAGGCUCUCAUCUGCGCUCCCACUAUGAGAGGAUCCUUUACCCCUACAACCUGUUCCAGACUGGAGCCAACCUUCUGGUGAGUGAUGGGUCUUUCUCGCUCUGUCUCUCUCCCCCCUAUGUAUAGUCUACAUUCUCUCUCUUUUCUUUCUCACUAUCGCUCUCUCGCCCUCUCUCCUGUGUCUCCCAGUACUCUCUCUGCAGAGUCAUCUUCCACCCCUCCCUCUCAUCCUCUUUGUCUCUCUCUCUCCCGAUGGGUAGCCUUGUCUUGGUCCUCUGCUCUGGGCUGUUUACUAAUGUGCUCAUAUCUCGAGUUGAGGUCUGAGGUUGUGCUGAGUCAAAGGUGUUGAUAUUGUCCUUAGCGACAUGGCAGGUAACAAAAAAGAGGAAAAUCUCAAUUUAAUUCAUCCAUGUUUUUGCUGUUGAUAUAAUUGUAGAGCAUCACCCUAAAUUAAGCUAAUACCAGCCAACCUCAUUAACUGCCCUAACACUGUAGAGAAGGCACUUCAGAAUUGAACUGGCACUCAUGUAGCCUCUUUUACACAAUACUCAAUAAGUUUGAUAUUUGGCCAGAGAUGAUGUCAAAUUAUUUGUUUCUCGGUAUAUGAUGAUGAGUUGAAGGAUCCUGGGUUUUGCACACAAAUUAAGUUAUAGGCUAGAUGAGGCCUGGGAUGUUUAAAAAGCAUGACUGGAAUCCUGAAAUUAAACCAACCAUUUUCAUAGCUAGCUCUCCUCCCCAUUGGGUUAUUUUUAUAAAAUGUAGUACCGGUUGCCUCUUGUCUCCGUGUUUAUUUUCAUUGAAGACCUCAGUUGUCUCUUGCAGCUUCCCAGAUUGUGCCUUGGGGUCAGGUUUGGGGAGGACUAACAGAUUAGAUGUAAUCCGUUACAUGUAAGGGAUAAAAAAAUAUUUUUUUUAAAUUUUUAGUCAUUUAGCAGACGCUCUUAUCCAGAGCGACUUACAGUUAGUGAGUGCAUAUAUUUUUCAUACUGCAAAAAUAUUGUAAUCAGAUUACAGAUACUUCUGAGAAACUAGACAAUUACCUCGAAGAUCUGCAAAGAGGAGUGGAACAAAAUCCCUCCUGAGAUGUGUGCAAACCUGGUGGCCAACUACAAGAAACGUCUGACCUCAGUACUUGGUGGCAAAACCCUUGUUGGCAAUCACAAAGUCAUGUUUUGCAGAGGGGUCAAAUACGUAUUUCCCUCAUUAAAAUGCAAAUCAAUUUAUAACAUUUUUGACAUGCGUUUUUCUUGAUUAUUUUGUUGUUAUUCUGUCUCUCACUGUUCAAAUAAACCUACCAUUAAAAUUAUAGGCUGAUAAUUUUUGUCAGUGGGCAAACGUACAAAAUCAGCAUGGGAUCAAAUACUUUUUUCCCUCACUAAUAUAUAUAUCUUAUAAAUACCUCAUGAGCUUAGUUCAACUGUCACACUCCAUGAGAACCAGAAAUAUAAGCUUGUUUUUCUCCAAUGUUUGUAAACAUUGUAAAUGUAAACAAACACUGUAUAGCCUCAUAAUAUGGUUAAAACAAUAAUUUUGAUAUCAUGGAUGGUCAGACCUUGCAUCCAUAGCUCUGUCUAUUAAUCUGAGAGUGGUUACAUUUCUCCAGGCCCAUCCCUCAGCUUUUUACCAAAACAGAGGCGGGUUGACCGUUUUGUUAUUGUUUCAUCUGUGGAUUUACCCUUUAAACAGCUGCAUAUUAUCAAGAUAUCAAAGUGUCACCAACAAAAAGGUAAACAAUAGGCCUAUAGCAAAUUCAGCGUAUGGCAUUCAUUUUUCACAUGUAAACACAGUUUUCAGUAGUGCUCAAAGCAUACCAUUCCAUGAGCACAGCAUUUAUUUUUCAACUCGAAUCAAUGAGCCCAAUCAGUCCUCCAUGACAAGAAAAUCAUAAACAGAGUAGGGCUGGCUAAUAAGUCCUUAGUUUUGGGGUUAUGCUCAGGUAAAAAAUGUCUAGUCUAUACUUCCAUAUUUCCAAGGCCUAUUCUUUAAGAUCAAGGUGUAUAACAUGUAUUGGAAUGACUGGAAUUCUGAUAGUCUUUGGUUUUUAAUGUAUAGAUAUAAUUUAGUCGUAUUAUUAUAUGUAGUAGAAAGCGAUGGGUUAGAAGAAGCCUACAUAACCAACCCAUAAAGUAAAAUUUAACAUCCAUAUAUGGCCAGCUAUGUAAACUUUAACAUUGAUAUAUCCUGCAAUAGAUGUUGUUCAAUUGGUAACAUACAUUUUUGUCUUUCUUCUAAUGCCUCUUAAGGGGAAAGUAAUCUAAAAGUAACUGAAUGUAAUCAGAUUCCAUUACUGCAUUUGGGUAAUCCAAAAGUUACGUUACUGAUUACAAUUUUGGACAGGUAACUAGUAACAAACGGAUUACAUUUAGAAAGUAACCUACCCAACCCUGCUUGGGGCCCUGGUUGGGUUUUGUGGUUAGCAGCAGCUCAUCCUCUCUGCAGUGCUGCAUGCCUCUCUCGCUCUCAGCCUUCUGGCCUUGACCUCUCCUGUUCCCUCCUCCCUCUUGCCCCACACUCCCUGUAGCAAAGUUAAUGAGCUAAACACUGUCCUCCUGAUAUACCAGAGAGCAGAGCGUCAGUGUUCCCAACCCCCACCUCAACCGACAGUGUUGCUGCCUGUCUUCCUCUUUUGUCGUGUGUGGUGUCAACAGAAAGACCAGAGACCACAUGUGUUGAUCUGGCAAGACAAAAACAAGUAUCAACAGUUGAAGCCCGUGUGUAGUGGUGGGUAGAGGUUUGAAUUGGAAGAUUGUAUUUAUAAUCAAGCCAUGGUAUUCAAAAACUCCAUUACAAUUGUUUUGUUCAAAGGCAACAAUGAAAGAUUUGAAAUGGAACCCCCAGGGAACUGUCAGACAACUAGGCACCUAAACAACCACAUGGCCCUGUUGUAUAUAGAUGCCUGGUUUGUUUUUGGCAAAUUUAAUUUAUCACAGCAUAAUAGUAGUAGGCGUGGCAAGGAGCUAGCAAAGCUCUUUCUGUUCAAACAGAAUGAUUGUCCUUUUCUUCUCAUUUUCUGACAAACACAUCAGUUUGAGAUUGGUGUACUUUGUACUAGAAAGCUCUACAUGCCCACUCACUCCCCCAUGUCUCCCCUACAGAAGCCCACCCUGACCAACGACACAAAGGACACCGACUACAUCCCCCAUGACCUUCCCCAGCGACAGUCUGUUCAGCCUCUGGAGACCUGCAGCAUCGCCCGCAGAGCCAAGCGCAUGAGAGCUGAGGUGGGCCUCUUCCUGGGUCCCCAUAAGUCACAGUUAUACUUCUAGUUCCCCAUAAGUUACAAUAAGCCCAUUCUAAAAAUGUUCAUGCCUCUGACAUGCGGUAAUAAUAAAAAGUGGUGUAAUAGCCUACAGUUUUCUUGACAUUUUGUUUUAAUUAUUGUGAUAUGCUAAUGUUUUACCGGUACAGCGUACCCCCACUAUUUAUUUUGCCGGGACGCCGUAUCGCCUUAUUUCACCCCUGACUAUAACCCACAAUAGUUCCCUGGUCCUCAUAAGACACAGCUCUACCCGAGUCAGUGGAUGAAUUAACACCCUAUAAAACAAAAGCCCAGUUACCCAAUUUACCAAUGCAGACAAGCGGUGGUUUGCAGCUUUGCAUGUACAGUACCAGUCAAAAGUUUGGACACAUACUUAUUCAAGGGUUUUUCUUUAUCUUUACUAUUUUCUACAUUGUAUAAUAAUAGUGAAGACAUCAAAACUAUGAAAUAACACACAUGGAAUCAUGUAGUAACCCAAAAAAGUGUUAAACAAAUCAAAAUAUAUUUUAUAUUCUUCAAAGUAGCCACGCUUUGCCUUGAUGACAGCUUUGCACACGCUUGGCAUUCUCUCAACCAGCUUCACCUGGAAUGCUUUUCCAACAGUCUUGAAGGAGUUCCCACAUAUGCUGAGCACUUGUUGGCUGCUUUUCCUUCACUCUGCGGUCCAACUGGGGUUGAGGUUGGGUGAUUGUGGAGGCCAGGUCAUCUGAUACAGCACUCCAUCACUCUCCUUCUUGGUAAAAUAGCCCUUACACAGCCUGGAGGUGUGUUGGGUCAUUGUCCUGUUGAAAAACAAAUGAUAGUCCCCCUAAGCGCAAACCAGAUGGGAUGGCGUAUCGCUGCAGAAUGCUGUGGUAGUCAUGCUGGUUAAGUGUGCCUUGAAUUCUAAAUAAAUCACAGACCGUGUCACCAGCAAAGCACCCCCACACCAUCAUACCUCCUCCAUGCUUCACGGUGGGAACCACACAUGCGGCGAUCAUCCGUUCACCUACUCUGCGUCUCACAAAGAUAUGGCGGUUGAAACCAAAAAUCUCAAAUUUGGACUCCAGACCAAAGGACAUAUUUCCACCGGUCUAAUGUCCAUUGCUCAUGUUUCUUGGCCCAAGCAAGUCUCUUCUUCUUAUUGGUGUCCUUUUAGUAAUGGUUUCUUUGCAGCAAUUCGACCAUGAAGGCCUGAUUUCACGGAGUCUCCUCUGAACAUUUGAUGUUGAGAUGUGUCUGUGACUUGAAUUCUGAAGCAUUUAUUUGGGCUGCAAUUUCUGAGGCUGGUAACUAAUGAACUUAUCCUCUGCAGCAGAGGUAACUCUGGGUCUUCCUUUCCUGUGGCAGUCCUCAUGAGAGCCAGUUUCAUCAUAGCGCUUUAUGUUUUUUGCGACUGCACUUGAAGAAACUUAAAGUUCUUAAUUUUCCGUAUUGACUAACCUUCAUGUCUUAAAGUAAUGAUGGACUGUCGUUUCUCUGUGCUUAUUUGAGCUGUUCUUGACAUAAUAUGGACUUUGUCUUUUACCAAAUAGGGCUAUCUUCUGUAUACCACCCCUACCUUGUCACAACACAACUGAUUGGUUCAAAUGCAUUAAGACAAAUAAAUUCCACAAAUUAAGUUUUAAGGCACACCUGUUAAUUGAAAUGCAUUCCUUGCGACUACCUCAUGAAGCUGGUUGAGAGAAUGCCAAGAGUGUGCAAAGCUGUCAUCAAGGCAAAGGGUGGCUACUUUGAAGAAUCUCAAAUAUAAAAUAUAUUUUGAUUUGUUUAACACUUUUUUGUUUACUACAUGAUUCCAUAUGUGUUAUUUCAUAGUUUUGAUGUCUUCUAUUAUUCUACAAUGUAGAAAAAUGUAUGCACUCACUAAAACUGUAAGUCGCUCUGGAUAAGAGCAUCUGCUAAAUGACUAAAAUGUAAAUGUAGAAAAUAGUAAAAAUAAAGAGAACCCCUGGAAUGAGUAGGUGUGUCUAAACAUUUGACUGGUACUGUAUUUCUGGACACCAAACCAAAGAGCUUUUGUGUGUGUGUAUGCAAUUGUGAGCUCAUAAAAAGGAUUUUGCUGUUCCUGAUUUUCCUGUCGUGGUCCACAUGGCAUGAACCCCUCUUUUCUCUUUCUCUUUCUGGCAGGAAGGCUGUAUGAAGACGGUGACCGAGGAGGACUGUGAGAACCGGCCCAACCUGAGGAGGAGGAUGGGCUCCUACGUGGCCAAGCCAGAGCCACAGCCUGGUAAGCACUGACCUCUGGCGAAGUUUAGUGCAAUGUGAAAGAACUGAAUAUUUUUCAUGAACAAAUGAAAAUGUUUUUCUGGUUUAAUUUAAGUCUUGGGAAUGAUUGCGUUUUGAAAUAAAUAUUUAAUGUUUUACAAGUAAAAUUAUGAAGAAAAUGUACAUUUUAUAAUAUUUUAAAUCUAUACUGAACAAAAAUAUUAACGCAACCAUUUAAACGAUUUUACUGAGUUAUAAACUCAGCAAAAAAAGGUCCCUUUUUCAGGACCCUGUCUUUCACAGAUCUUCAUUGUAAAGGGUUUAAACACUGUUUCCCAUGCUUGUUCAAUGAACCAUAAACCAUGAAUGAACAUGCACCUGUGGAACGGUUGUUAAGACACUAACAGCUUAGACUGUAGGCAAUUAAGGUCACAGUUAUGAAAACUUAGGACACUAAAGAGGCCUUUCUACUGAAAGAAAAACACCAGAAGAAAGAUGCCCAGGGUCUCUGCUCAUCUGUGUGAACAUGCCUUAGGCGUGCUGCAAGGAGGCAUGUGGACUGCAGAUGUGGCCAGGGCCAUAAAUUGCAACGUCCGUACUGUGAGAAGCCUAAGACGGCGCUACAGGGAGACAGGAUGGACAGCUGAUCGUCCUCGCAGUGGCAGACCACGUGUAACAACACUUGCACAGGAUCGGUACGUCCGAACAUCACACCUGGGGGACAGGUACAGGAUGGCAACAACAACUGCCCGAGGUACACCAGGAACGCACAAUCCCUCCAUCAGUGCUCAGACUGUCCGCAAUAGGCUGAGAGAGGCUGGACUGAGGGCUUGUAGGCCUGUUGUAAGGCAGGUCCUCACCAGACAUCACCGGCAACAAUGUCGCCUAUGGGCACAAACUCACCGUCGCUGGACCAGACAGGACUGGCAAAAAGUGCUCUUCACUGACGAGUUGCGGUUUGGUCUUACCAGGGGUAAUGGUUGGAUUCGCAUUUAUCGUCGAAGGAAUGAGCGUUACACCGAUGACCUGUACUCUGGAGCGGGAUUGAUUUGGAGGUGGAGGGUCCGUCGUGGUCUGGGGCGGUGUGUCACAGCAUCAUCGGACUGAGCUUGUUGUCAUUGCAGGCAAUCUCAACGCUGUGCGUUACAGGGAAGACAUCCUCCUCCCUCAUGUGGUACCCUUCCUGCAGGCUCAUCCUGACAUAACCCUCCAGCAUGACAAUGCCACCAGCCAUACUGCUCGUUCUGUGCGUGAUUUCCUGCAAGACAGGAAUGUCAGUGUUCUGCCAUGGCCAGCAAAGAGCCCGGAUCUCAAAUGCAUUGAGCACGUCUGGGACCUGUUGGAUCGGAGGGUGAGGGCCAGGGCCAUUCCUCCCAGAAAUGUCAGGGAACUUGCAGGUGCCUUGGUGGAAGAGUGGGGUAACAUCUCACAGCAAGAAGUGGCAAAUCUGGUGCAGUCCAUGAGGAGGAGAUGUACUACAGUACUUUAUCUGGUGUGGCCACCAGCUGCAUUCUGACUGUUCAUUUUGACCCCCCCCCCCCCCUUUGUUCAGGGACAGAUUAUUCAAUUUCUGUUAGUCACAUGUCUGUGGAACUUGUUCAGUUUUUUUUUUCAGUUGUUGAAUCUUGCUAUGUUCAUAAACAUUUUUACAGAAAAUAAACGCAGUUGACAUUGAGAGGACGUUUCUUUUUUUGCUGAGUUUAGUUCAUAUAAGGAAAUCAUACAAUUGAAAUAAAUGCAUUAAGCCCUUAUUUAUGGAUUUCACAUGACUGGGAAUACAGAUAUGCAUCUGUUGGUCACAAAUUCCUUAAAUAAAUUCCACCAUUUUGCCUCAUGCAGCGUGACACUUCUCCUUCGCAUAUAGUUGAUCAGGCUGUUGAUUGUGGCCUGUGGAAUGUUGUCCCACUCCUUUUCAAUGGCUGUGCAAAGUUGCUGGAUAUUGGCAGGAACUGGAGCACACUUUCAUACACGUCAAUCCAGAGCAUUCCAAACAUGCUCAAUUGGUGACAUGUCUGGUGAGUAUGCAGGCCAUGGAAGAACUGGGACAUUUUCAGCUUCCAGGAGUUGUGUACAGAUCCUUGCGACAUGGGGCCGUGCAUUAUCAUGCUGAAACAUGAGGUGAUGGCGGCUGGAUGAAUGGCAUGACAAUGGGCCUCAGGAUCUCUUCACGGUAUCUCUGUGCAUUGAAAUUGCCAUCGAUAAAAUGCAAUUGUGUUCGUUGUCCAUAGCUUAUGCCUGCCCAUACUAUAACCCCACCUCCACCAUGGGGCACUCUGUUCACAACAUUGACAUCAGCAAACCGCUAGCCCGCACGACACCAUACAUGUGAUCUUUAAUUGUGAGGCCGGUUGGACGUACUGCCAAAUUCUUUAAAAUUACGUUGGAGGCGGCUUAUGGUAGAGAAAUGAACAUUCAGUUCUCUGGCAACAGCUCUGGUGGACAUUCCUGCAGUCAGCUUUCCAUUUGCACGCUCCCUCAACUUGAGACAUCUGUGGCAUUGUUUGACAAAACUGCACAUUUUAGAGUGGCCUUUUAUUGUCCCCAGCACAAGGCGUGCCUGGGUAAUGAUCAUGCUGUUUAAUCAGCUUCUUCAUAUGCCACACCUGUCAGGUGGAUGGAUUAUCUUGGCAAAGGAGAAAUGCUCACUAACAGGGAUGUUAACACAUUUCUGCACAACAUUUGAGAGAAAUAAGUAUUUUGUGCGUAUGGAUCAUUUCUGGGAUAUUUUAUUUCAGCUCAUGAAACAUGGGACCAACACUUUACAUGUUGCAUUUAUAUUUUUGUUCAGUGUUUAUUAGAACAGGGUUGUUUAUAUUAGUACAUACUGUAUGCCUUAGCCUCCAUUUAACAAUGUGAUAAAUGUAUUUCAGUGAAAGAGUUACCUGUUCAGGUGAAACAGGAAGCCACAGAGCAUGAGGAGCCAAUAACAAGUGACAAAGAAAACGUGCUGACUAAGAAAAACGACCCCACAGUGAGCAAAGUACCUUUUUUAAAUGCUAAUAUAUUUGAUCUAAUCAGGGCAAAUUGUCUCUUCAUUAUUACUGUGAUGAUGGUAAUGAUUAUAAUAACCAUAAUGGAUAGAAUUUAUACAGGUCAGGUCUCUCACAAAAGUAACUCGUCCCAUCCACCCACCUGGUUGACACAUGGCAGCCAUUUUGCAACGUUUUAGCUGAAAAGUGUAUAAGAAGCCUCAUGGUCUGGUCUCCUCAGGUGGACCAGUACAUGUGUCUGGUGUGUGGCAGCGGGAGCGAAGAGGACCGCCUGCUGCUUUGUGACGGCUGUGACGACAGCUACCACACCUUCUGUCUGAUCCCGCCCCUCCACGAUGUCCCCAAAGGAGACUGGAGGUGCCCCAAAUGCCUGGCUCAGGUGACAGACAUGCUCCCUCUCUCGUCCUGCCUCAAUUACCAUACUACACUGUCACUCUGUCAACACACUCCACCCACCCUGUCCACUGGGGAAGCUAGCUGAACACUGCAGCAGCAGUAGUCUGGAAAUGGGAACUCAAUAUUGUUUUAACUGUUAAGGCUAACACACAGCUAAACAAAAGCAUGCUCAAAUUCUGCUCGUCUGUAUGUUAUUUUCUGUAGCUACUCAAUGGAAUACUUCCCUCCUGUUUAGUUUUUUGUUUACAUUUGCUGUAUUAGUGCUUACUUCUCAUUCUUGUCUUCCCUACAGGAGUGUGGCAAACCUCAGGUAGCCUUUGGUUUCGAGCAGGCUGGGAGGGACUACUCCCUACGCACUUUUGGGGACAUGGCAGACUCCUUCAAGUCAGACUAUUUCAACAUGCCGGUUCAUGUAAGUUGGGAAGCAGAUGUGGUGUUUAGUAGAGAGAAAACAGGAAAAUAUUCGUAUUAAACAAGUUUUAGACGGAGCCUCCAUUUCAGAAUAUUUUCUCAGUGGCUCGCUUCUGAACUCCAGUCUGAUUGGCUGUAUUAGAUGUAGCUCAUCCAUGCUCAGUCAGAAGUUGAGGUAACUGUUUUUUCUCUCUGUCUAUCAGAUGGUUCCAACAGAGCUAGUGGAGAAGGAGUUCUGGCGCUUGGUCAGCACCAUCGAGGAGGACGUCACUGUGGAGUAUGGGGCUGACAUUGCCUCCAAGGAGUUCGGGAGUGGCUUCCCCAUCAGAGGCGGACGAUUCCAAGUCUCCCCUGAGGAUGAGGUACAAAGGCUCUCCUCUUACAGGUUAACAUAGGCUAGGUAUUGGGAGGAUUCUGAAGUUUAUUGUACCACAACAUCAUGGCAACAGUACAUCAUCUAAGGCCAAGAGAGCUGUUUGCCACCUGAAGAUAAUUAUUUUAUUUUAGAAUCUGCUUCACAACAUUCUCUAUAGAUCGAUAAUCGAGACAAUUAUUAGCUAGCGAGUAGCUACAUCACAACCUCCCAGAAAUCUAUGCCCCUCAGAGACCUUGGUAUAACUUGUUGCUUGUAUUUAUGGUGAUAUUGGAGUUCUAAUGCAGAUUAAACCCUUCCCAGUAAAGUAGCAUCUCAGACCCAGUGUCUUAGACUGUCACCCUGAGGUCAGUCAAGCCUUAACUUGUGCCCUGUCUCUGACCCUUAGGAUUACCUGAGCAGUGGCUGGAACCUGAACAACAUGCCCGUGAUAGACUCCUCGGUGCUGACUCACAUUACGGCUGACAUCUGUGGGAUGAAGUUACCCUGGCUCUACGUGGGCAUGUGCUUCUCCUCCUUCUGCUGGCACAUUGAGGACCACUGGAGCUACUCCAUCAACUACCUGCACUGGUACAUAUAGGCUGCUUCUUAAGGCCCCACAGGCCACCAGUAUAGUAUAAUAUGACCUUGUGGCUGGACCCAGGAAAACUCUUGGCCCUAGGUAUAAAGCAUUGUGUAGAGGUCUAAGCAAAUAGUCUCUGCUUCUUUCAUUUUGAGGAAUCUUUUCAAACCCAUAUGCUUACUUAGUAUUGGAGUUAGUUUAUUGGUUGAGGUGGUAUUAAACACACAAGAAUACACCUCAAGCUUAAGUGAUAACAUCAGUGUUUUUGAGAAAAUGGUGUCUGUGUUCUCAGGGGAGAGCCCAAGACAUGGUACGGGGCUCCAGGAUAUGCUGCAGAGAAGCUGGAGGGGGUGAUGAUGAAACUGGCCCCCGAGCUGUUUGAGUCCCAGCCUGACCUCCUGCACCAGCUGGUCACCAUCAUGAACCCCAACACACUCAUGAACCACGGCGUCCCCGUAAGUACCACACCCCAACACACACACAGUGAUGAAGACCAACAGUUAUGAAGGCAGGUGGGCAAGUAAAAAAAUUAAAUAAAAAAUGUGUGUAGGUAUACUAUUGAUCUAACCGUGACUUCAUACCCACUCUUCUCUAGAUUUAUCGCACCAAUCAGUGCGCUGGCGAGUUUGUCAUCACCUUCCCCAGAGCCUACCAUAGUGGAUUUAACCAGGGAUUCAACUUCGCUGAGGCUGUCAACUUUUGCACCAUGGACUGGGUAAGAUGCCUUGAAGGACCUUAUCAAUACCAUACAGAAGCUAGUAAUUAGCAAAGAUGCUUCUAAUGAGCAGUGGACAAAAGCCUGUAUACCUUGUAGCUCUAUGGAUCAAGUUAGGUUAUUACUGAUGUAACCAGCACUGUGUACGGCUCUUGUCGAUAGUGUUAAAUCGAUAGUAGUGUAUAGUUCUAACCCAAAGCCUCCUGCUGUUUUUCAGAUGCCCAUGGGCCGCAUGUGUGUGGACCACUAUCGGCGGCUGAAUAGGUACUGCGUCUUCUCCCACGACGAGAUGGUCUGCAAGAUGGCGUCCAAGGCGGACACCACCAUGGAUGUGGCCCUGGCCUCGGCUGUGCAGAGGGACAUGACCGUCAUGCUCCAGGAGGAAGACAAGCAGAGGGACAAAGUCCGCAAGAUGGUGAGAGGCCUCUCAUACCGGCACAUACAGUGCAUUCGGAAAGGAUUCAGACCCCUUCCCUUUUUAGUUACAGCCUUAUUCUAAAAUAGAUUUAUUUAUUUAUUUAAUCUAUCUACACAAUAACCUAUAAUGACAAAGCAAAAAACAGGUUUUUAGAGAUUUUAGCACAUACAUUUAAAAACAGAAAUAAUCUAGACCCUUUGCUAUGAAACUUGAAAUUGAGCUCAGGUGUAUCCUGUUUCCAUUGAUCAUCCUUGAUGUUUCUACAACUUGAUUGGAGUCCAACUGUGGUAAAUUCAAUUGAUUGGACAUUAUUUGGAAAGGCACACACCUGUCUAUAUAAAGGUCCCACAGUUGACAGUGCAUGUCAGAGCAAAAACCAAGCCAUGAGGUCGAAGGACUUGUCCGUAGAGCUCCGAGACAGGAUUGUGUCGAGGCACAGAUCUGGGGAAGGGUACCAAAACAUUUCUGCAGCAUUGAAGGUCCCCAAGAACACAGUGGCCUCCAUCAUUCUUAAAUGGAAGUAGUUUAGAACGACCAAGACUCUUCUUAGAGCUGGUCGCCUGGCCAAACUGAGCAAUUGGGGGAGAAGGGCCUUGGUAAGGGAGGUGAUCAAGAUGGUCACUCUGACAGAGCUCCAUAGUUCCUCUGUGGAGAUGGGAGAACCUUCAAGAAGGACAACCAUCUCUGCAGCACUCCACCAAUCAAGCCUUUAUGGUAGAGUGGCCAGACGGAAGCCACUCCUCAGUAAAAGGCACAUGACAGCCCACUUGGAGUUUGCCAAAAGGCACCUAAAGGACUCUCAGACCAUGAGAAACAAGAUUCUCUGGUCUGUGAAAACAAGAUUGAACUCUUUGGCCUGAAUGCCAAGCGUCACCUCAGGAGGAAACCAGGUACCAUCCCUACGGUGAAACGUGGUGGCAGCAUUAUGCUGUGGGGAUGUUUUCAGCGGCAGGGACUAGGAGACUAGUCAGGAUCGAGGGAAAGAUGAACGGAGCAAAGUACAGAGAGAUCCUUGAUGAAAACCUGCUCAGGACCUCAGACUGGGGCAAAGGUUCACCUUCCAACAGGACAACGACCCUAAGCACACAAUCAAGACAAUGCAGGAGUGGCUUCGGGACAAGUCUCUGAAUGUCCUUGACUGGCCCAGCCAGAGCCCGGACUUGAACCUGAUCGAAAAUAGCUGUGCCGUGACGCUCCCCAUCCAACCUGACAGAGCUUGAGGAUCUGCAGAGAAGAAUGGGAGAAACUCCCCAAAUACAGGUGUGCCAAGCUUGUAGCGUCAUACCCAAGAAGACUCGAGGCUGUAAUCUCUACCAAAGGCGCUUCAACAAAGUACUGAGUAAAGGGUCUGAAUACUUAUGUAAAUGUGAUAUUUCAGUUUUUAGUUUUUAAUACAUUUGCAAUAAUAAAAAUAAUAAGGGUUUUGCUUUGUCAUUAUGGGGUUUUGUGUGUAGAUUGAUGGAAAAAUAAAUAAUAAUAGUAAACUAUAUAUAUAUAUAUAUAUUCCAUUUUAGAUUAAGGCUGUAACGUAACAAAGUGUGGAAAAAUCAAGGGGUCUGAAUACUUUCCGAAUGCACUGUACAUCCCAUUUAUUUAUACUCCAGACUCCGACAUUGCUCGUCCUAAUAUUUCUAUAUUUCUUAAUUCCAUUCUUUAACUUUUUAGAUUUGUGUGUAUUGUUAGAUAUUACUGCACUGUUGGAGCUAGGAAUACAAGCAUUUCACUACACCCGCAAUAACAUCUGCUAAAUAUGUGCAUGCGACCAAUACAAUUUGAUUUGAAAUGGCCACAGUAAACUUUCCUCCACUAGUGUAUGUGCACAAGUCGUCCCUGUCUCUCCUCAUAGUAUGGCACUAGGUGUCUGUGAUCUCUUUGACACUACUAAUCUGUGGUUGUGUCCAUGACCUUACUUAUAUGAUGUGUAUCUGUGUGUUCCCAGGGCGUGCAGCGUUCCCAGCAGGCGGAGUACGACCUGCUGCCAGACGAGGAGCGCCAGUGUUCCAAGUGCAGGACCACCUGCUACCUGUCUGCCCUCACCUGUCCCUGCAGACCCGGCCAGCUGGUGUGUCUGCACCACGCCCACGAACUCUGCUCCUGCCCCCCCAGCAACCUCACACUCAAGUAAGUCUAUCCACAGCCAAAUUAGUUCUAAAUGCCCACAUAAGAAUGUUAAUAUUCAUCAUGUCCCCCUCAUUACGUACGUCCCAUGUUUUACAGAAGCUCAUAUGCUAAUAUUGCCAUACGUUUUACAGAUCCCAUGCACAAAUUAUAAAUAAAUUAUUCUGUUUUUGAGUAAAAUGCCCCUUUUUAAGAACAUGGAUGAACUUAAAGUAAGGGGCAAAGUCAGGGUGCACAGCAUUGAAAUGUCUAAAGGCCUACUAGACCUUCAAAAAUAAAAAUAAACAUCACCUGGCUAGAAAAUCACCAAUUGUGACAGCUGUUGCUCAGCCAGGAUUAGUCUUCAGAAACACACUAGACCUGUGUCUUGCACUACAGCUACAGGUUUACCAUGGCUGAGCUCUUCCCCAUGAUGGAAGCAGUCACGGUGCGUGCAGAGUCCUACACAGACUGGGUCUCCCAUGUCAGUGACAUCCUGGAGGCCAAACAAGACAAGAAAAGUGGUAAGUAGGAUACAUCUUUGGGUUCAGGUGUCUAUGGAAUUCAAAUUGGUCAUUACGUAACAAAACUUAAUGUUAUGGUUGCUUAUUUGCGUAACCCCAAGUAGACAGGUUGUUCUUAAAUGUCUUAUGGAAUGUUUUGUGCUCCUAGUCACCCAGAUAUGUUGCCUUUGUUUAAGGAUGCACACAAAAUACCAGAAUAUAAUAAAAUAGAUGAUUAUCUACCCUUUGUUAAUUGUACAGCUUACUUGAUCAUUGGACCAUGAUUCUUCGAAUGAAUUGAUGACUGUGUUUAAAGCAGUGUUUGUUUAUUUAUGUAUGUUCAGGCUUGGAAGAGCUGCGCUCCCUGGUGGAGGAGGCGGAGGUGAAGCAGUUCCCUCCGAGUGACCUCCUGCGGCAGCUCCGCACAGUCACCUUGGAUGCUGAGAAGUGUGCUGGGGUGGCCCAGCAGCUACUCAUUGGGAAGAGGCAGACCAGGUAGACACACAUGAUUUCUGUUAUUGUAUUAUCAUGCUUUCUAAUGUUAAAAUCCUUUACCACGCCUGAUUCUUGUAUUCUUAGCCACAUGGUUAGCCAAAUGGUAACUAAUUCUGAAAGCAAUAAUGUAUGUAAGUAGCCUUGCGCAAGCCUUGGCUAGUGCGAGCCGGAACUGCUCAUAGGGCAGGAGCCUAAGGCAGCUUUAUGUACACCACCUGGACAGGACGCUAAUCUAUCGCAGGGCCAAUGUGCUUUUAUUUCAGCUUAUGUGCUCUGUAGGUUAGCCGUGUCUCUGAUCUAGAGUGUGUUGUCAGGUAUCGUUCAGGUGGAAGGAAGUCCCAGAGCCAGAAUCUGCUAACGGUGGAGGAGCUCAGGUCGUUUGUAAGGCAGCUGCACAACCUGCCCUGCAGCAUCCGCCAGGCCCCCUUACUCAAGGUAGGAGUUAGGAAGGUUUUACUUGCAAUGACUGUGAUAUGUGGUUGUCUUAACUACCUUAGUUGAAUGCACUGGUUGUAAGUCACUCUGGAUAAGAGUGUCUGCUAAAUGUAAAUGCAUGGUACUUUAGGGCUGGAGGACCUACUACCGCUACAGUUUUAUUUGUAUUUAACCUUUAUUUAACCAGGUAAGACCCAUUGACAAGUACUUUGUUUCUCACUUCACUAACACCUGACUCAGCACAGUCAUGAUGACUUCAUUGAUUAGAUGUGGCAUUAGGCUGGGACAAAAGCCUACCUACAAGCCACAGGAGAACCAGGAGAACACUGAACAUUUUUAAUUGAUUAACGCUUUAACCUGCUUGUAUCUCCCCCCCCAGGACCUGCUGACCCGCGUGGAUGACUUCCAGCAGAGCAGUAAGCAGCUCCUCUCUGACGAGGCCCCCAGCCCAGCGGCGCUGCAGGGCCUGCUGGACGUGAGCUUGGGCCUGGAUGUGGCGCUUCCCCAGCUGGCCCUGCUCAGGGAGAGGCUGGAGCAGGCUCGCUGGCUGGACGGGGUUAAGGAAGCAAGCGGCCGGCCCCACAGCCUGUGUCUGGACACCAUGCGGAGGCUGAUAGACCAGGGGGUGGGCCUGGCCCCGCAUGCCUCGGUGGAGAGGGCUAUGGCCCGCCUGCAGGAGCUGCUCACCAUGUCUGAGCACUGGGAGGAGCGGGCAUGCCGCCUCAUGGAGGCC